AACGCAGGCCUCUGAUACGUGUCAACAUUGCCAUAAAGCGACAAAAGACUGUCGCAAAAGUUGCACAUUACAUUUUGCUGAUAUGGUUUCUACUGUAUCAACUGCUUCUGACAUGAACUGGUGACAACACAAACAUCUGAGUAAUGUUAUCUAGCUGUUCGUUAACGUGUUGUCGAUGUGCUUCGCUUUAGAAUGGCCUCAAUCACUUAAAAUCAGUUCCCGCAUAUAGUUUGCGAUUAUCUCUUGUUUACUCAACAAUAAGACACUCCAGCACAGGUAAGCUAGUUAGCUAGCUAAGGUAGGCAUAACUUAUGUCACUAGGAGAGUGCCUUUGGGCUUCAAUGAAAACUGAAGAUCCAGGAGAAGAGUUGUGAGGAGACAUCAACAGGCUGUGCGAGGAUGGACUUUGUCAAAACGGUCCUGGUGACUGGAGGGGCAGGUUUCAUUGGGUCCCAUUUUGUCUGCUCCCUAGUCAACAGGCAUCCAGAUUGGCGUAUCAUCAACUUUGACAAUCUGGACUACUGUUCCAAUCUCAGGAACCUGGAGUCUAUAGAGGAGAAUGAAAACUACACCUUUAUCAGGGGGGAUAUAUGCAAUCCACGCUUGGUAAACCACAUCUUUGCCACAGAAAAUAUCGACAUCGUCUUUCACUUUGCGGCUCAAACACAUGUUGAGACGUCCUUCGUUUGGCCGUCCAGAUACCACACGGUGAACGUGGAGGGGACAAGGGUGCUACUGAAAGCAGCUUUUGAGGCCAAGGUGGAGAAGUUUAUUUACAUUAGUACAGAUGAGGUGUACGGAGAGAGUCUUUAUAAGGAAUUAGAUGAAACCAGCCCAAGAAGACCCAACAACCCAUACUCUGUGUCUAAAGCAGCUGCUGAGUGUCUUGUAUUGUCCUACAGGGAGAGACACAAGUUUCCUGUUAUAAUAACAAGGAGCAAUAAUGUAUAUGGACCCAGACAGUACUUGGAGAAGGUCAUUCCAAAAUUCGUGUCCUUCCUUCAGCUGAACAAAAAAUGUACCAUCCAAGGGACCAGCCCCCAAUCUCGCCACUUCCUGUACGUGGAUGAUGCCAUUGAAGCAUUCCACACCAUCCUGGAGAGGGGAGUGGUGGGAGAAACCUACAACAUCGGGACCGACUUCGAGAUAUCCAUCAUUCAACUAGCCAGAGAACUUAUCAAGAUGGUCAGGCAUGUACCUGAUGCAGAACUGGAUGACUGGCUGGAGUUUGUGCCUGACCGGCCAGUGGUUGACCUGAGGUACCCUGUGAACUGUGAGAAGCUGUGGAGGCUGGGCUGGAAGCCUGCAGUGUCAUGGUCAGAGGGCAUCAGAAGGACAGUCAAAUGGUACCAAGAGAAUCCAGACUUCUGGCCAGAUGUCAAACCAAUUACCUUUGAGCUCGAUACCAGAGACCAAUAACCACAUAGAUCCUCUUCCUGUAUUCGUGGUCACCAACCGUGUUCCUGGAGAGCUACAGGGUGUGCUGUCUUUUGUUCCAGCCCUGUAUUAACACAUCUGGUUCAAUUAAUCAAUCUUAAUUAGGGUUGUUGACCUCCACUAGUCAAACCAUCAUCUCAAUCACUGUGGGUGUGCAAGGGAACACUUAUUUUUAUAAAUGUUUUACUAAUGAAGGUGGAGUGUAAUAUACACUGCUCAAAAAAAUAAAGGGAACACUAAAAUAACACAUCCUAGAUCUGAAUGAAUGAAAUAUUCUUAUUAAAUACUUUUUUCUUUACAUAGUUGAAUGUGCUGACAACAAAAUCACACAACACUUAUCAAUGGAAAUCAAAUUUAUCAACCCAUGGAGGUCUGGAUUUGGAGUCACACUCAAAAUUAAAGUGGAAAACCACACUACAGGCUGAUCCAACUUUGAUGUAAUGUCCUUAAAACAAAUCAAAAUGAGGCUCAGUAGUGUGUGUGGCCUCCACGUGCCUGUAUGACCUCUCUACAACUCCUGGGCAUGCUCCUGAUGAGGUGGCGGAUGGUCUCCUGAGGGAUCUCCUCCCAGACCUGGACUAAAGCAUCCGCCAACUCCUGGACAGUCUGUGGUGCAACAUGUCCCAGAUGUGCUCAAUUGGAUUCAGGUCUGGGAAACGGGCGGGCCAGUCCAUAGCAUCAAUGCCUUCCUCUUGCAGGAACUGCUGACACACUCCAGCCACAUGAGGUCUAGCAUUGUCUUGCAUUAGGAGGAACCCAGGGCCAACCGCACCAGCAUAUGGUCUCACAAGGGGUCUGAGGAUCUCAUCUCGGUACCUAAUGGCAGUCAGGCUACCUCUGGCGAGCCCAUGUAGGGCUGUGCGGCCCCCCAAAGAAAUGCCACCCCACACCAUGACUGACCCACCGCCAAACCGGUCAUGCUGGAGGAUGUUGCAGGCAGCAGAACGUUCUCCACAGCGUCUCCAGACUCUGUCACGUCUGUCACGUGCUCAGUGUGAACCUGCUUUCAUCUGUGAAGAGCACAGGGCGCCAGUGGCAAAUUUGCCAAUCUUGGUGUUCUCUGGCAAAUGCCAAACUUCCUGCACGGUGUUGGGCUGUAAGCACAACCCCCACCUGUGAACAUCGGGCCCUCAUACCACCCUCAUGGAGUCUGUUUCUGACCAUUUGAGCAGACACAUGCACAUUUGUGGCCUGCUGGAGGUCAUUUUACAGGGCUCUGGCAGUGCUCCUCCUUGCACAUAGGCGGAGGUAGCGGUCUUGCUGCUGGGUUGUUGCCCUCCUACGGCCUCCUCCACGUCUCCUGAUGUACUGGCCUGUCCUCUGGUAGCGCCUCCAUGCUCUGGACACUACGCUGACAGACACAGCAAACCUUCUUGCCACAGCUCGCAUUGAUGUGCCAUCCUGGAUGAGCUGCACUACCUGAGCCACUUGUGUGGGUUGUAGACUCCGUCUCAUGCUACCACUAGAGUGAAAGCACCGCCAGCAUUCAAAAGUGACCAAAACAUCAGCCAGGAAGCAUAGGAACUGAGAAGUGGUCUGUGGUCACCACCUGCAGAACCACUCCUUUAUUGGGGGUGUCUUGCUAAUUGCCUAUAAUUUCCAUCUCCCAUUUGCACAACAGCAUGUGAAAUUUAUUGUCAAUCAGUGUUGCUUCCUAAGUGGACAGUUUGAUUUCACAGAAGUGUGAUUGACUUGGAGUUACAUUGUGUUGUUUAAUUGUUCCCUUUAUUUUUUUGAGCAGUGUAUUUAUCAUAGUCAAUAAAUAACUUUAUAGAG